AUGGAACUGUCCCGACCUCCGAACCCUCACAUCGCCGAACCCCUCCUCCACCCCUUCCUCUCACCCACCUUCUCCCCAACCGCCUACCUCAACGACACCCUCCCCACCACCACCUCAAAGCCCACCCCGACCCUCUCAUCCAUCGCCACCCAAACCCAAACCCAAAUCUCCGCCCUCGCCGCCCAGACGACCCGCCUUUCCACAACCCUCACGGGCCUCACGGACGACAUCCUGCGCACCAGCUCGCGGCUCGCUUACGAAGUCGAAUUGCUGCGCGGGGAAGCACUGUCGCUUGCCGAUUCGCUCUCAUCGAGCGGGGCUCUGGACGAGGCGAUACGGGGAUUCGUGCCAAAAGGCUUGGACGCUGCGUCCUCGCCCACGGACGUCCCCUCGUCGCCUGCGCGGACCGGGCAUGGCAGCCAGUCGGCAUCACCGAGCGCCCCUCGCAAACCCUCCCUCCCGUCCGAUCCAUCGAAGAAAGAACCCGAAGCUCUGCCCCACCUCCGGACCCUCCUGCAAGUCCGCUCGUCUUUGCAAACCGUAAUCCAGCGCUUCAACCUCGCCUUGUCGUUCCCGAUGCCGCCUUCCCUGUUGGCAACGAAUACAUCUUCUCUCAUCUCCGUCUCUGCGCCGAACGUAGAUCCGGAUCUGGAGUCCAAAGGCCAAGCUGCGCUGGCUCGGUUUAAACAGGAAGUAUUGGAGAUGCUGGAGCGAGGAGAUUUGGCAACGGCCAAAGCGAGAGUACAGGAAUUGAGGGAUGUGUGCGAGAUAUGGAAGGGUACGAGUGAGGAGAGAGCGAGGGGAAAGUGGGUCGAUGGAUUGGAGGCUGUUGUUGAAGAUAGGGAAAGGGGAAAAGCUAGUGGUAGGCCUAUGCUGGAGAAGAGAGAGGGAAGUGCGGUCAGAGGAGUGGAGACGAGUGGAAGUGGAGCAGGGCCCGGGUUUCUCAGAAGGCUGAGGGAUGAGAUCUAUAUGGAAUAA